AUGAUAGGUAUUCUAAACGGAAACCUAGCUAUAUGGGUAAUCUUUGUGGUGUGCUACACGCUUCUAGUGGUGGGUUUAUCGUUCAAAAUUUAUUUUUUGAAUUACGUUAUAGACGGAUUGGAACAGUUUAAGAAUUGCAUCAACGAUCAUGGAUUUUGCUUCGAGUCGUUAAAACCAAUUAGGAAAACCAGAUUCGUGCUAUUGCUGAUAGCAAACAUUGCCAACUAUUCGAUGCUCAUAAUUGGUCUGUGGUUGUAUAAUGAAAAUGUCACUGAUUUUGGUACAUUUCUUUUAGCUUUGCUGAUGGGUAACGGUGUAAUACAUGCCAUUUUCUACACUUGCAUGAAGGUGACGCCAGCCGAAUCCCGUCAAUGGAACCAAGAGUGUCUUUUAUUAAAAUUUUUCGAUAAGCACGACGUGUGGCAUCUAUUGAGUGCUCCGGCUCUUUAUUUUACGUUCAUGUAUCUCAUGUCCUUAGAUGACGAUAUCAUGGAUAAAGAACAGACCGAAAUUCCAGUAUUUUGAGAUAUAGUGUUGACCUUUUUUUAAUAACGACCUUCAAACCGUUCUCAGUCGUCAUAACAAGUUGUGAUAUUUUUUUUUAAUUAUAAUAAUAUUUAUAAUUAUGUAUUUUUAAUAACUGUCAAUGAUUGAUAAUUCCUUUUUCUACAUAUCCUCUUAAUAAAGAAAUAAAAAUAAUAAAUUUUAAGCUUUUAUAAAAAUUACUGCAAAAUUAAAUAAAUAUUUACAAAAACCUAUUUUAAAAAAGAAACAAUUUUACUAAAAAAAAAUGUAUAAAUUAGAUUACUCUUAAAUUACCUAAAUUUAAAUAAGUGAUUCUAUAAUUAUUUACAAAUGAAAAAAUAUAUUCUAUAAUAAAUUAACGCAUAAAACUCCUAAAGGUGAGAAUACUGCUCCAACUAUCCCAAUAACAGUC